GAGACCGACUGACUCACGGAGCUUCUCCCCGCCGCUCUCCGCCACCAGACCCGCCUCAGUGCGCUCAGCUCCGGCCGGCUGGACGCCUCGGUCUCCGCUGUGGGUUCGGUGCUCCGGUCCGGUCCGUCCAGGAAGGCUUUCUACCGGCGUCAAGUUGACAUCUGCACCGGGAACUUUAACGGCUUUAACGGAGGAAACCGGAGAGUCACAGCGCAGGAACUCGUCUGAUCUUCUUCUUCUACUCUCCAUCUACCCUUUGUCUCUUCGUCCUGACUUCAUCCUCCAGCCGCAGACGUUAGUGGAACGUUUCAAUCCCGUCUGAUAUUCAGGUUAAUCUGAUUAUGAAGAUUUCCUCUGAGGUGUCUCUUUGUCAAUGACCGCCAAGAUGGACACUCCUUUCUACCACGAUGACUCCCCUGCUGUCCCCGGCUUCAACCAGAUUGCGGAAUUCGAGCGUUACCCAGGAAACAAGAUGCUGAUGAGUAAGAAGGCCAUGUCAGUGGUGGGCAGUCAUCACUUCCACGGCAGCGGUGCAGCAGGAGGAAGAGGCGGGAACCACAACAACCUGGGCCUGGCUGGGAACAGUUCCCUGAUGGCGUCGGCAGCGUCUUCUGCAGGUUCCUCGGCGGAUAUGAACCUCCUGAAGCUGGCGUCUCCAGACCUGGAGCACCUGAUCAUCCAAUCCAACCAGGGCCUGGUCACCACAAGCCCAGUGUCCAACUCCGGCAAUCCCUUCAUCUACCGAGGCCAGGCUACCAACGAGCAAGAAGGAUUCGCUGACGGCUUCGUGCAAGCCCUUGCCGACCUCCACAAGCAAAACCAGCUGGUGGGAGGUGGACCAAUGUCCCCAUCCUCGUCCUCCAAUGUCUCCCUGCAGGCAUCCUACCAGAGGAGCCUGAUGUCCGGUGGAGAUAUGCCCGUCUACACCAACCUCAACAGCUAUAACUCGGGCCAAAUGCCUUUCUCCGGGGGGCAGAUGGCUUAUGGCGGAGGUUCGGGUCAUGGUGGAGGUCCUCAGCCGCACCCUCGAGGCCUGGACGCCCCUCAGACAGUCCCAGAGGUUCCUCACCCGCCAGGGGACCCCACAUCACCACCGUCCCUCUCCCCAAUCGACCUGGAGACGCAGGAAAGAAUUAAAGCAGAACGUAAGAAGCUCCGCAAUCGCAUCGCCGCGUCCAAAUGCCGCAAGCGGAAGCUGGAGCGAAUCUCUCGGCUGGAGGAGAAGGUGAAGGUCCUGAAGAGCCAGAACUCGGACCUGGCCUCCACUGCCACCAUGCUGAGGGAGCAGGUUGCUCAGCUCAAACAGAAGGUCAUGAGUCACGUCACCAACGGCUGCCAGAUUGCCGUCGGGUCGACAGCUGCUGCCAAGUCUGGAGGAGGAGGAGGCGGCCGUCGUAGUGAAGACUCCAGUUGCUGAGGAGGAUAAACAUCUGGAGAAGAUCGGCUGGCGGUUUAAGAUUUUUGGCAUUUUGCUCGGGUUCUCGGUUGGAGCGAGCGGAGAACGAGCAGCUUGGUGUCAACGGCACCUCAACAGCACAGAUGGAUGUUUAACGUUCACCUGACACCACUGUCAAUCAUCCAGCCAAAGGGGGUGGAGCUAAAAGGAUGCAGGAGACAGGGGGAGGGGCGUCUCCCUGGACGUGGACGUACUUUAAAUCUGGAUGAUUUGGGAUUUUGACAGUGAAUUUUAAAGAUCAGAUGGCAGAUUUCUAGACUCAUCCAUAUGUCUGAGGCAACAUGAUGCAUUUAUUUAUGAGGUGGGAUGAAUUUCCUGCCAAGAUUUCCAAGAUUCUGCUACAAAAUAUGUUGUUCACUUUAAAACACUCAUGACUCUAUUAUCAUCAGAAGACAACAAAACUUUUUACCCACCUCCGAUUCUUUUCAUUCAAAAUAUAUUUAAGAUUUUAGUGUUUGAAAUAAAUUAAAUCUGUCAAAAUGAACAUUUUCAAGAGGAUUGCUGAUGUGAUUUCUGCAGAACACAUUGCCAAGUAAUCAGAUUACAUUACUUGUGUUUUCAAGGAUUCAUUCCUUAUGUUCCUUUUGUAAUCUGAUUACUCUGAUCUAAUCUCUUUCACUACAGUUUGACUGAAUGCAGCUGCUUUACAACUAAACAUCUUAACUUUGACAACUCGUUUUUUUUAUGUUAACAGUAAUAAACGCACGUAAUCAGAUUACUGUAAAAAAAAAGAUUACUCUAAUCUCUUUACAUGGUUGUAACUAAACAUCAGCUCUGUUAACUUGGUCACUGUUUUGGCUGGGAGUUUUUAAAGCCACGUUUUGAUGGAGAAAUCGUUGUUUUUAGUGGAAACUUUCUUCACCGUUUGGGUUUUUCCGAAUUACAACUGAAGGAAAAGUUCAGUCUAAGAACUGCCAGCACAUAAAAAAUAAGACUCGUGUUUGUUUUUUCUGUUUUCAACACACACAAAAAUUUCAAUUCUUAAGGAUUUUAUUCUCUUGGUUUUAACAUUUUUCGAUUCUUAAUAUUUUUGGGUUCAUUCUGGUGUUUCUGACUGAUUGUUUCUGCAGCAAGAGAAAAAUAUAUAAGAGAAGACGAAAAAGUCAGAUUGUUAUUGUAAACAUCAAUGGCUUCAUAUCUGUUUUAUUCUCAAUAAUAAUAUUGUGCAAUUAAGAUAUGACUGUUGAAUAAUAUUCAUUAUUCGGAUGUUGUUAUUCUUUUAGCUUUUCUACACUGUAUGAAAAAAAGAUUUCAUUUAUGUGAAUUAAUUUGUUUGGAAGCCAAUUCCUGCCAGGAAAAUGAGUUAAAUUUGAGAAAUAAUGUCAGAAUCUUGACUUUGCACUGCAUAAUCUGACCUCAAUCUGUUAUUUGGACUUUUUUUUAUCUUCAACAUUUCAUCAGUUUCUAGUGGGUCUCUGCAGGUUAAAAACUUUCCAAAAGACAGAAACAUGAAUCGGAUGCUGGUUCUGGUUUAUCAGAAAGGGAUUUUAAGAACAUUUUUGAGGAAAAAAAGCCUGCUUGCCAAGUAAAUACAUAAUAAUCUCAAUGUUUCAUGUGCUUUAGGAAGAAAACACCUUUAAGAUCCAUCUUCAGAUUAAAUGACUUGAUAAUUUUUUAUGUGUACAAAAAAGUCCAACUUCAGAAAAGAGACUGAAGUUAACGUUCAAUCUGCAUCCUGAUGUAAAAUAUAAUGUAAAGACUGUGUGGCCCUUGACAAUGUUGUAGAAGUCCCUGAGUGUUUUCCAAAGGACCCUAAGGGGCUCUCUGAGGUCUUCAAGGAUGUUGCCAGGUCCUUCUCAGCACCACACAGGUCCUCCAGAGUGUUCGAAAGGACAACAAGGACACGGCACAGGUCCUUAAGGAUGUUGUAGAGGUCCACGAGGACACUAUGCAGGUCAUGUCCUUAAGGAUAUUGUGAAGGUUUUUGACGGCACUGUACAGGUCUCUAAGGAUGUUUCAGAGGUCCUUGAGGACACUAUACAGAUCCUUAAGGAAGUUGUAGAACUCCUUGAAGACACUGUAUGGGACCUUAAAGAUGUACAGGCCUUUGAGGACACAUACAGGUCCUGUCCUUAAGGAAGUUGUGGAAGUCCUUGAUGACACGAUACAGGCCCUUAAAGAUGUAGAGGUUUUUCAGGACACAGUACAGGUUCUUGAUGGUGCUGUACAGGUCCCUGAUUACACAUAUAGGGCCUGUCCUUAAGGAUAUUGAAGAGGUCUUUGAGGACACUACACAGGUUCUUGAAGACACCGUACAGUUCCUUGACGAGAGUAUACAGACCUUUAGGACUUGGUAGAGGUCCUUGAUGACUUGGUAUAGUUCCAGGGGAUUGUAAAGAUCUUCAAAGCCCCUUUGGUCCUUGGGAGGCCGGAUGAGAUCCUUAUGGGGUUGUAAAGGUGCUUGGUUGUAUCACAGAGGACUUUAGGGGACUAUCUGGGGUCCUUGAAGACGCUGUAGAUCCUUGAGGAUGUUUUUAAGGUCCUUGAGUGAGCUGACUGCUAACACAGGCUGAACCAUCACUACUGUUGCCAUGGUUACCUGCAGUUGAAUAUAUUCAGAGGUGUGAUUUUGAGCUGCAGUUCAAAGUUUCAAGUUUUUUGACUCUAUCAGCUGAUCCUCUGUCGCCACGUCGUCAUAUUUCAGGUUGUUUCUGCUUGAUUACUCGACGUUGUUCAGAUUUAUAAAUGAAAAUACAACAAACUGAGCUUUUAUUAUUUCACCGAACCGUCCUGUUUCUGUGGAGCUGAUUGAUAUUUUCUCAUGUUUUCAGGAUAAUGAACAGUUUCUAUUUUAAACCCCUGUUUUUUACUGACAUUAGCGUCCAGUCGGCGGCUGACGGAAAAACAUGCAAAGAAAGAUAUGAAUCAGAAGAAAAAAUAAACACAGCAAAAAAAGAAGAAGGUUUUAACUGCAGUUUUGUGUUUUUUUGGUUUGUUUGACAUUUCAGAAACUUUAAAAAAAAAAAAAAAAACACUGUUGGGAAGCAAAAUAUUUAUUUUUUUGAACUUGAACGAGGCUUUUGUCGCCUCCGAUGAGUCUAUUUUUGUACAAAUGUAUAGAAGUCGUUGUUAUUAAUCUACUGAAAUGUGUGUGUUCGAUCUGUUGGGUUUGUUCAGACACUUCCUGUCUAUUUAUUAUGAAAAUCUUCUGUUUACUUCCUUCGCUCUGUUCUGCUGUGUUCACAUGUUUGUGUCAAUAUACCAGUGAUGAAACGCUCA